AUGUUCGCCAACCACCGCUCGCUCGGAAGACUCGCCCUCCGCACUCCUGCUGCCGUGGCCACUGCGCAUGGCGCCCGUCGAGCGAUCCAUGCCGGACGAGUGGCCUAUCUCCCCACCGGGCAACACGUGGCUGCCGAUGGCGAAGAGCUCAAGGCGGAACACGAUAAGCAUAUGAAGAGCGGGAACAAGGACUGGAAUGAAAAGUUGGCUACCCAUUCCGAAGCCGGUAUCCGUGCCGAAAAAGACACCCGCAGUGCCGCUGCAUUGCAAAAGGACACCGUCAAAGACUCCAGCCAUGGACGCAACUAG